AGCAGAUUUUUUUUACCAACUGUUUACAAGAAGAGCGAAUAGCGCGAAAAUGGACGCUACCGAAAAUGCAACUAAAAGUGUAGUUGGUGUUGAAUAUAUCGUUAACGGAUGGGUUGUGGAUUAUUAUUAUUGUUUAGCGCUGGAGCUUUUAAAACGUAAGCAGCACGAGGACUUUCGUAAUAUUUGCAGCACAGUUGAAAGUAUCUUGAAUCGUCCCAUAGAGGACCUGAACAACUUGUCAUUAAAGAUCAGACUUUUGCAGUUUCUGUCACGCCUAAAUGAAGCUGAAAAUCCAGAAAAGCAGUUUGAAACUGAUCGGACCAGUACUCCUUUGGAAUCAGCUCAAGUUUUAUUGGAACAAAUCACAGGAGAGUUCAGAAUCCCAAAGCAGAUUGGUGACGAUGCCAGCGUUUCACUGAGAGAGUUUAUUGUGGGGACCUUCAUUAAGAACAAGCAGUUUGAUAAAGCAAAAGAUGCUCUUCUUCGGCAUCUUACCAAGUCUGUGAGUAGCAAGAGGGAAACGUUCAUGAAACUAAUCAGUCAGAAGAGUAAAGCCCAUGAGGUCAUCAACCAAAUCAACGUUCAGUGCCUCAUGCAGGAGAUGCUGGAUUUUUGCCAGAAAGUCUGCCCGUUUACUCUUCCCUUUAUGUGUAAGACUGCACGAUCUCUGAUUGAAAAAAGACCUGAGGAAGCUGUCAUUAGUACUGGUGAGCAAGACCAGUCCACUUCUUCCUGCAGCCCACAAAUCAACAUUUUCAAUCUUCAGUUCUGUGAACACUCAGUCAUCCAGAAAGCCAGACUAGAAGUGGCCUACAACGCCCUGGCUGGUGGCUCAACCCAAAUGACAUUUGUGCAGCUGGAGGAAGAAAUAAAGCAGGAGACCCAGGAAAAAGAGGAGGCUUGUCUGCAACUUUCAGCCGAAGCUAUGAGGAGCACCAAUCUGAGCUCGGAACAGGAAGCAGGGCUUCAGAGAGAGACACGCAGCCCCAGGGAGGCUUCUCCAGCAGACCAGCCUCCACUGCUGGACACAGAUCGUCAAACACCAUCGGGUUCACUUUCAGGGUACACUGUGUCACGGCUGGUGAUUGGACCAGACAGUCAGCAGAACUCACAAAGCACCACUCAUUCUGAGGAACCGAGAAUAGAAAUACCACCACAGACUCUCACCAGUAAAGACUCGAACGACAUGCAGUGCCCAGUUACAGACGCAGAAAUACCCUUCCCCGCACGGAAGCGCCUCCGAAAGAGCAGCUGUUUAAGUCACACGAUGACUGAGAAUUCCUCAGACUGUAAUGAGGAAUCCUGCGACCCUGAUGAGAAGAAGAAAUCAAAUGUUGAUGACGACGAUCACCGAUCCAGUCGGUCCUCCAGCAGAGAUUCUUCAGAAGUGGAGGACGGUCCACAGGUGUCCUUGACUCCCUCAAGAACUUCACAAAAGACUCCAUCCAAACCACUGGCCAGAUGUUCUCCAGCCAAUGAUCCAGGUGAAGUGGAAGACAUUUCUAUCGUGGACUCUUCCUUGGACAGCUCGUCGAGUGUCUCCUCUCAUCCCUCUCUCCCACAGAGCUCAACCCCACAGAGGGCUCGUCACAAGGUUCCCCUGGAUUUAGGCUGGAAACAACUGGCCAAAGAAGCAAAGGAAUCUAAGGAAACAUGGAGUGAUGAAGAACUGUGUUUUACCUCCACAAGGAGCACCGCAACUGGGUCAAGAAGCAACAAAAGCACCAUAUCUAAAUGUGGGACAAGGAAGAGGGCCUGGACAGAAAAAGAAACGGAGAAAUUAAAAGAGGGUGUGAAGAAGUUUGGUGUGGGGAGCUGGAGUAAAAUUAAGAGCUUUUAUUCGUUUGACCGUUCUAAUGUCAACUUAAAAGAUCGCUGGAGGACCUUAAAGAAGUCAAAUCUAGUAUGAGUGUUUUUUAUGUUUGUUUUAAAAUUCUUUCUGUUCUGACAUUUGUUUAAAGAGACCAUGUAGAAAAUACAUUGCAACAGAAGCGUUUCCCACAGUUGGACAUUUCAUUUUUCAAAUAAACACUAGCAGAGCUUUGCAAAAUGAAGGUGAGAUUACAAAACAGUUUAUUUCAGUCUUGUGUCUGUAGAAAAAACACAGUCCAGUUAAGGUUCUGUUAGAGGAGUCUUGAUUCAGCCACAUCACCACGAGGCAGUGAGUGGGUAAAUCAAGUCAUUCUGGGUGCGAAUCUGAAUAAAAAGAAGUCCAUCCA